GGUCUUUAAAAUGAUAACAUUUAUAUUGAAACGUGGAUUCCUACAAUACUUGUUUUAUUAAAAUGAUGUGAUAUUAAUAAUUUAUCAAUACAAUGGGGGCAGUAGAGAAGUUGGAGCUAGGGUUUGGUCAGUUUGUGUACCUAGUACCCAGGGACGGUUGGGGGGCUUUACCAGGGGACUUGACCCCCCUGAGGCCCCCCAUCUCUCGGGUGCGCUUCACCUUCACUGGGUUGGCUGGGUGUAACAGUCCUGAGGAAUGCCUGGUCAAGACAAAGGAGUUAGAGAUGUUCUACAGGAACAAAGGACACCCUGACCUGCCUUACAAUUUUCUAGUGGGAGGUGAUGGAAGAGUGUAUGAAGGAGGCGGUUGGAACUACGACACGGAGAAAAAACCAAAACAUAUCUGGCUGAAGGGCAAAACAAUAAGCAUCGCCUACAUGGGCAACUUCAGCAGAGAAGACCCUCCAUAUUUGCAACUUCACGUUGCAUUGGAAUUUGUAAAAUAUGGAUUAAAAAUGAAAUUUAUUCAUCCUCUAUUUAGCCUUGAAGAGUUGGGAGCAGAAUCUAGAGCUGGCACUUAAGAUAUAAUGUUUUGUUAAUAAAACAACUAAAUGGAAUUGUCUUAUCAUGAGACUUGUGCAUAGCAAAAGUUUUAUUUUAAUGCUUUUAAUUUAUUUGUAGGUACAAAUGUUAAGAUAAAAACAAGAAAAAUCCUCUUAUUUUAGUCUAUUUUAAACCUUUAAAAAAUAUACUUAGCAAAUACUAUUGUUUCUGUUUUGGUAGAUUCACCUCCUUACGAACUGCUUUCCGUGGCAAUGGACUUAAUCAAAUAUGGGUUGAAAGUUAAAAAAAUCAGGACUCUAUGUAAACUUGUACCUUACUGGUCACCUAUGAUGAAACGAAAACCUGCCAAAACACAUAAACAAUAAAUACCAUUUCAAUAAUAAAAAAAA